GGGAUGGUGCUCACGUCCUCGCCGUUCAACCUUUUCACCACGGUGGUUUUCCCCGCGUUGUCCAAACCCCUGAAGGCGACAGGUUAGGGAAACCAGCUACAAACUUGCUAGCAUGCUAACCACUGUGCUCUUAUAAAUUCUUAUUUCUAACUCUUGCACACUUGUAAACUUGUUUAUAUGCCUCUCGGUACAUAAACGAUAAAAAAAAUAGCAACGUAGUUAAGCAAGCACUCGUGUAGCACAAUGUGUUUUAAACGCUGCUGUCAUGCUAUUGCUAGCUAGGCUCUCACAGUGAAGGAUACAAUAUUAGUAGUCUCAUCUCUCGCUCUUUCUGCUUCAUUUUCUUCAGGAUAGUCAGCAAGCCCAUCGCGACGAUGUACGGCCCAGUUGCACCUGAUUCGGUUAAAAAGUGAUUAUUCUUGAGGUUGCUUUCUGCUGUUGUAAGCGUCUAUCGUGGACAUAGUCGGCAAGGAAAUGGCUCUCUCUAAACAAGCCCCACCCCUUGCACCCAUCUUAUUGGUCCAAUUUUCACACGGCGAACGUUGAUUGAACGAUGCUGAUGUCUUUCCAAGCCUUAAAGGCGUGGUCGAAGCAGUGCUGUUUCCGGUUGUGCGCCCUCAUGUGGCCAGAAACUCGUAUUUUUGCAUCAAGUGAACUAUUAUGCUUUUCCACUUUUCUGACCUAUAAAUGGAGUUACAAUGUUAAAUGCCCUUUAGGACUUCUAACAAAAGCUUCUGGAAACAAGAAAACACACAUGCACAUGGUAAUAUACCAAGGCCGACAAACCUAUGAGUUGGUUUUUUUCAUUUAACUUCAUCGUCCCAGGUCCGGGUUUACCCCAGAACCCUCCACCCCCACCGUUUUUGUGUGUGUGCGCGUGCGUGCUUGUGUGUGGGUGGGGUGGGGGUGGCGUUGAGUGGGAGAGGGUGUUAAAUCCACGCCACCCAAAUUCCUGCUUCGCUCCAGCUGGUUUAAAAUAAAGUGAAAGUGAAAACGGUCGCCUGUAGCGUCACCGUCUGACGCUUCUUGGCGGACCCGUACCACACACCACACCGGCCGGCAUUCUUGGAAGCCGCGACCCCCUCCUUUCCCAGCUGGGAAGUUUUGCAGCACUGCAGCAGUUUUUAUACAGAAGGUCUGGGUCUGCGUCACAUGGAGAGAACAUGAAGGUCCAGCCUGAUGUUGCAUGGAAGUGACUGCAUUCCACUGGAGCUGAGAUGUCCCCCCUCUUCAUGGAGACCAACUGUGAGCCCACCAGCCCUGGAUCUGGCUCUGAUGAGGGACACUCUGAGAGAGAGACGGAGGGACACGUGUUGGGGGAAAGGGGGACUAAAAGACGGUUGAAGAACAGAGACGCAGCCAGGAAGAGCCGGAAAAAACAAACCGAGAGAGCGGAUGAACUCCACCAGGAGCUGGAGCAGCUGGAGCAGUCCAACUCGGCUCUCCAAAAAGAGAUUAGAGCCUUGAAAAAAGACGUCCAUCACUACACGACGGUUCUGGAGCGCCACGAGCCCUUCUGUCGCCUCAUGAUGUCCAACGUCUCCGCCUCGUCCACCGUCAGCCCCGGGCCGUCCACAGCCUCCAGCCUGGGUCCUCAAUCCGUAGACCUCAGCGAAGGCACUUGUCUGUCACCCUCCGCCCUCUUUUCCUCCAGUCUUUUCACUCCUGCUCCACAUUCCCUCUUUUGCCAAAGUUCCUCCACGCCAGCCAAGGAUGAGAUUGAAAAUCUUUUCCACACUGAAUUUCAAGGUUUGCCCGCUUCUUCCACGCUCCUCCCUGACGACAUCCUGGCAUCUCCACCUUUUCCUGCCGACACUUUGGGAGCACCCCUGGUUGAUCCCCAUGGAUUCACUGGAAAUCCAAACAAUUCUGACUCCCAGCGUCCUCCAAUUUCGGCACAAACUAGUCGGGAUGUCACCUUGGAGCCAAGCGAGGAGCUCAUGUCAGCCCCCGACCCCCUGCUGUCCCUGAUUCCCAUUCCCAGUUCUUCCGGCAACCUUCAGGCACCCAGCAGCACCCAGGAUGGACCAUUCCAACCAAAUGCUAGCUCGCUGGCUAUGAUAGAGGAACGUCCAGGGGAGCUGUCAUUGUUUGACCUACUGAAGGACAAUGAGUGGAUUCUGAGUGCGGAGACUCGUGAUCAGUAGUCUGCAUACACUGAAGGAUUUAUUUGAACCUUUCUUUUUGUGGAAUUUAAUGUUUAUGUAUGGUUAUGUAUGUCUCCAAUGAUUACUUUAAAAAAAAUAAUUGGAGGGCAGAAGAUUGAAUUUAUGUUCUCAAAUUUGCACAACGUCACAUUUAUAUAUUCGUUAAAAGCCAUUCAUGAAUGGUGGGUCGCGGAACCGCGUUCAGUGAGUCGCAGGCUAAAAAAAAAAAAUAUUUAAUGACGCCUCACGUCUGUGCUAUUUGCUGUGUGUCAUGUUUUACCUCUCAUCCAGGUCCAUGGUCAGAUUCCACUCACCAGAUAUAUACAGUAUGUACUGAAAGCCUUUACACACUUUUUGGUUCAAAUCAUUUCUCUUAUUAUUAUAUAUUUUUAUAAUACAUAAAAAUGUAUUGUUCCUGAAACUAGUCUCCUGCUGGAACACUGUGUUGUGUUGCACUACCUCAAAUUCAAACCGUCCUUGAAUUGCUACUGAUUUAGGUGAUUGAACCAGUAUGUAAAACUCUGACCUGAAAAAAAAUCCACAUCCAUUUUCUAUGCUGCUUACCCUCACGAGGGUCCUGUGGGUAUGCUGGAGCCUAUCCCAUCUGACUUCGGGCCCGGUACACCCUGGACUGGUGGCCAGCCAAUCACAAGGCACAUAUAGACAAACAACCAUUCACACUCACAUUCAUACCUAUGCACAAUUUGGAGUCGCUAAUUAACCUAGCAUGUUUUUGGAAUGCGGGAGGAGAAAAUCCACACACAGAGACCAUGCUAACUCCACAUGGACAUGCCCAAGCGGAGAUUCCAACCCCGACCCAAUCCACCCGAUCUCAUGACUAUGUGCCAGCAUGCUAACCACUCGACCAUCGUGCGGUUAAUCCACCCAAGCGCCCUAAAUUAAUGGAAGACAUUCAUAUUCAAUUCACGAAUGGGUGUAUGUGAACUUGUUACCUGAAAGUUUGUCCAAAAGGACAUUUCUAAAAGACCGUCCUGCCUCAAACAGAACACACUGGAAGAUAUCUUGCAUUAAUAUAUGUAUUUUUUCACCAAAUUGACUAUUUAAUGUCGUUUUUUUAUAACAUGUUUGUUCAAUCAUCAUAUUUACAAAUACAGAAAGUGAUGUGACUUGACCAAUUAGCUUGUAUCAAUUUUGACGUUUGCUGCAGCAUUGCUGGGAAAAGACAAACGAGUGGUGAA